GCACUCGCACGUUCCGUGGCGAGAAGUGUUUUCCACGACCCGAGCCGUGUUCUCGGGAUUGCCCGGGAUUGCCCUCGAGUGUGUCCGCGAGUCGUCGCCAGCCGUGAUCGAGGCCCGGAGGAAAGCGCGAGGAUCGUGGUCUCGUCUCCCCGGAGGCGAUGCUCGGCGUCGAUCUCGUGGCCGUUAGUCGAGGCCGCCCCGAGUCCGAUCGGCCGUAGCGCCGCUGCCCGCAGCCUGUAGCGGCCGAGGGCGUCGCGAGUCUCCCGGUGGGUCUAGGUCGCGCGCGGCCUCCGCGGUCGUCCCCAAGUCGUUCCUGCGCUCGCCAGUCCACGCCAGUCCACGCCAGUCUUCAACGGUCGGCCGCCCGCGCGCACCCCGCGCCUCUCUCGACCCCCUCGCCCGAUGAAUGCGCCUCUCGGCCCUCGAGGCCGCCCGCCGCUUCGCCAGUCGCACCGAUGCUGACGCCCAGAGAGUGACUCCUUCGAACGAGCCGCCCCGACCGGACCGCCGGCGCCGAGACCAUGAUGAAGAGUAGCACCCUUCCCAAGAAGGAGAGCAAAAUGCGAAUACGCGCGUUCCCGACAACUAUGGACGAGAAGUAUGUGGAGAAUAUUUGGGCUUUGUUGAAAAAUGCCAUUCAAGAGAUCCAAAAGAAAAACAACUCGGGCCUCAGCUUCGAGGAGCUUUAUCGAAAUGCUUAUACAAUGGUGUUACACAAGUACGGUGAACGUCUCUACACCGGGUUGAAGGAAGUUGUAACGCAACAUCUGGAGAAUAAAGUUCGCGAAGAUGUGCUGCGGUCGCUGCAUAACAAUUUCCUUCAAACGCUAAACAAGGCAUGGAACGAUCACCAGACGUCAAUGGUCAUGAUCAGAGAUAUCUUGAUGUAUAUGGAUCGAGUCUAUGUACAGCAGAACGAUGUCGACAAUGUUUAUAAUCUUGGUCUUAUCAUAUUUAGAGAUCAGGUGGUCAGAUAUGGAUGCGUAAGGGAUCAUUUGCGAGAAACGUUACUCGGCAUGGUGGCAAGAGAGAGGAGAGGCGAAGUUGUAGACCGUAUUGCGAUUAAAAAUGCGUGCCAGAUGCUGAUGCUGUUGGGUAUCAACAGUCGGCAAGUGUACGAAGAAGACUUCGAGAGGCCAUUUUUACAGCAAAGUGCGGAAUUCUAUAGAAUGGAAUCUCAAAAGUUUUUAGCUGAGAAUAGCGCCUCGGUGUACAUAAAAAAGGUGGAGGCUAGGAUUAGCGAAGAGUCGGAGAGAGCGAAGCACUAUUUGGACGAAUCUACAGAGCCACGAAUAGUCGAAGUUGUCGAGGAAGAGCUUAUCAAAAUACAUAUGAAGACUAUAGUGGAGAUGGAAAACAGCGGCGUGGUACAUAUGCUGAAGAACAUGAAGACAGAAGAUCUCGGAUGCAUGUACAAGUUAUUUUCUAGAGUGAACGAUGGGUUACGUACUGUUGGUGAUUGCGUCUCUCAGUUUUUAAGAGAACAGGGCCGGGCGAUAGUUCAACAAGAACACGAGUCCGCUACGAAUGCGAUUCACUUUGUGCAAAACUUGUUGAACUUGAAGGACCGCUUUGAUCAUUUCCUCAAGUGUUCCUUCAACAAUGACAAACUCUUCAAGCAGAUGAUAGCGUCGGACUUUGAGCACUUUCUUAAUCUGAACGCAAAGAGCCCGGAGUACCUGUCGUUGUUCGUCGACGAUAAACUCAAGAAGGGCACUAAAGGGAUGUCGGAGCCAGAGGUGGAAGGGAUUCUGGAUAAGACGAUGGUGCUUUUUAGAUUCCUUCAGGAGAAAGAUGUCUUUGAACGGUACUACAAGCAACAUUUAGCGAAAAGGCUUCUUUUGAACAAAUCCAUGUCCGACGAUAGCGAGAAAAAUAUGAUAUCCAAGUUGAAGACCGAGUGCGGGUGUCAGUUUACGUCAAAACUCGAGGGCAUGUUCAAAGACAUGACUGUCAGCAAUACCAUUAUGGAGGAAUUUAAGGAGCAUGUUCUAACCUCUGGGACAAAUCUGUUCGGGGUGGAUUUAAGCGUAAGAGUGUUAACGACUGGAUUCUGGCCGACACAAUCUGCGACUCCUAAAUGCACCAUACCUGCUGCACCCCGAAAUGCUUUUGAGGCCUUCCGACGAUUUUACCUUGCCAAACACAGCGGUCGACAGUUAACGCUGCAGUCGCAAUUAGGCAAUGCGGAUCUGAAUGCCAUAUUCCACGGGCCACGAAGAGAGGAAGUCAGCACCGGAGGUUUCGAUACGCCCUCUUCUUCGAGUUCCAUAGGAAACGGAAGUGGAAGUGGAAGUAACAGUUUGCUCAGCCAACGUAGUAGCGGUAGCGAAAAUAUCAGGAAACACAUUAUCCAGGUUUCGACUUAUCAGAUGUGCGUCCUGCUACUUUUCAACAAUAGAGAAAGGCUUACGUACGAGGAGAUUCAGAAUGAAACAGAUAUACCGGAAAGGGAUUUAGUAAGAGCACUGCAGUCCUUGGCGAUGGGCAAAGCCACCCAGCGGAUCCUUCUGAAGCAUCCGCGCACGAAAGAGAUAGAGCCUAGCCAUUACUUCUCCGUAAAUGACAACUUUACCAGCAAACUGCAUAGGGUAAAGAUCCAAACAGUAGCAGCUAAAGGAGAGUCGGAGCCAGAAAGGAGAGAAACUCGAAAUAAAGUCGAUGAGGACCGCAAACACGAAAUCGAAGCUGCCAUAGUGCGCAUCAUGAAGGCUCGUAAACGCAUGCCUCACAACAUCCUUGUGACGGAAGUAACGGAACAGCUACGAAUUCGAUUCCUACCUUCGCCGGUCAUCAUCAAGAAGCGAAUUGAGGGUCUAAUCGAACGCGAAUACCUGGCUCGCACACCAGAAGACAGGAAGGUCUACACGUACGUCGCCUGAACUCGAUGCCUGAUGACCUCGGAUAUGUACAAACGUCUAAGUGAUCGGGAGAGACGUUACAUUCCCAGGAUGUACACGCCGUGUCUCCGGGCACAUUCCUGCAAGCGUGACCUUAAGCGAGCCCGAGUCGAGUCAUCGUCCAAACAGCGAAUCGCAGUUUCGGCCACUAAGCGGAUCGCCACGCAAGUUCUGCUCUCUUUUUCUCUCACCUUUCUCCCUCUCUCUCCACACCUGUCCGGCCUCUGUCAGCGAUGAGAUACGAUACCUGUAAGUGGCGACGGGAGCCGAAAUCCAAGCCAGACUCCCGGAUGAGAGUUGGGACGAUGGCGAGAGACGAGGCGAAUCCGGGGCGAGUCGAGGCGGUUUAUAUAUAUAUAUAGAUAUAUAUUAUGUCGCGAAACUUAGGCUACGUAGGCUCGAGAACCGUUCACCCUCUCGAAAAGGAAACUCCGUUCUUUAAUAAACCGAUUUUUGCCCAAUUCCCGACUGUUUCUUCCCGACGGCGCCUGUCGUGCCGGGCGCCAUCUUGCGGCGCCCCCGGCAACUAUUCGACCACGUCUCGUUGUUAAGGCUAGCGACUCGGUGGAACGAAUGGGAGAAUGGAAACGAAUGAGGAAGGAUCCUGCGGAUCUAAAGGGGGCUUCGUGGCACAGCGUGAUAACAGUUGAGGAAUUAAGCAAAAAUAUCUGCUCGUUCGGAAUGUUAUUGCGGUUUAUGCUGGUCAAGAUUUGACGCCUCGUUUUGAAAUAAACUUCUUUUUCCUUUAUGUUCCUUCGUGGAUGCUGUUUUAAAGAGUAGACUUUGUUCUUCAUCAUCUGUAGACAUCGCCUGUGCAGGAUGGGAGGGCAUUGAUGUCUCCCAGUGUGCGUACGACACUUUCAUAUCACCUUAACAACACAGAAAUUAAUGUUUAAAACGCAAUUAUUGAUAUCAAUAUGUGGAGCGAAGUUUGCGCUUUAAAAUUGUAUACAACAUGGACAGAAAGGAGAGGCAAGUUUACUCGAAAACGAAGCGUCAGGCCUUAAAUAUGAGAAACUGCAAUAACUUUUUGGGCAAGUUCAUAAUCAUGACGUCAACGCUAAUCGAAGAAAUGUUUUCCUACUAUCAUGACGGAAGAGAAAAGAAUGCAGAGAUUUUCUAUCCACUCUGGCUGCUUUAGAGCCCAUUCCUUCGGUUUUUAUCGGCUUCAACUUCUUAUUUUAUUUUCAUUUUUUUUUCUUUUUUAACGGGAUUAUCUCUAGAGUUUUAUUGCCUCCGAUUAGUUUUACCGCAACAUAGAAAUCGGCUCUAUCGUUCAUUUAGCAUCGUGUCCCACAUUCGUGAACAUUAUCCUUCUUUUGGUUCCAGAACUGAUCGGCUUUUUUCCAGUUAAUUUAUUAAGUGAAAGUUAACGAUUAUUCUCUAAGGUUUAGGCAAUCCUGUACGUCAGUUGACAAACGAUAAAAGGGAUUAUUAUACCCGUGAAAUCUUGUCUGCCGCAAAAUGUAGUAUUUGCAUGGCAACCUGCAAAUAACUAUACCAUAGACACAAUCUCCGUUACAUUCGAAUUUAUGUUAUCGAUCGAUGUUCUGUUUAUUUCUGCGAGUAAUUUUAUUGCUAUCAAUUAAUUAAAUAUAAUUCCAAAGUGAAUCUGACUUCCAGGUGUUAUGUUUUUCUGUCGGAGAACGAAGAACCUUUCUUUUCAUAUUUAACUGUACUCGCUGGUGUUAUUAAAAAACCUAAGUACCCUCUAGAGAUCAUUAAUCCAAGGAUUA